AAAAAGGCGCCGCACCAUUCCAUCCAUCCAGGCCUGGGCUGAUAGAUCGACAUCCCCAGGGUCGAGCGGCGGCGGAGGUCCCCUCCGACGGUGUAUUCUCAAGCGCCGCUGUUUUUAUUUCCCGGUCGUGCUGAAGCUGAAUUUGUUCAAUGGAGGACCUACCGGAUGCUUUGGUGACAGAGAUUCUCAAGAAUAUCACCAGGACAAGUGAUCUCAAUUCUCUUUCCCUCGUGUCAAAACAGCACUACAAGAUGGAGGGAAAUCAAAGGGGUGCUCUCCGUGUUGGUUCCGGUCUUUGCACUUCUACGGAAGCACUGACAUCACUGUGUGCCCGGUUCCCAAAUUUGUCGAAAGUGGAAAUCGAUUACUCUGGCUGGAUACCUGGACAUGGAAAUCAGUUGGACAACAAAGGCCUCUUUGUGUUUUCAUCUCACUGUUCCUCGCUGAUCGAUCUCACCUUAAGCUUCUGCUCAUACAUCGAUGACUCUGGGCUUGGUUGUUUAGCUUACUGCAAGACAUUGGUGUCUCUCAGGCUAAACUCCGCACCACAAAUAACGUCAAUUGGGCUUUUCUCGGUUGCAGCUGGUUGCACGAGUCUGUCUGCUCUCCACCUUAUUGAAUGCGAGAAAAUUGACAGCGUAGAGUGGCUGGAAUACCUUGGUAGGAAUGGAUCAUUGGAAGAGCUUGUAGUGAAGAAUUGCGAAGGAAUCAAUCAUCAUGACUUCGUAAAGUUUGGUUCAGGAUGGAUAAAGCUCCAGAAGUUCGAGUUUGAGAGGAAAAGAGAAAAAUAUGAUCAUCGUCUUGGUGGUGAGGUCUAUGACUCCUCGUUUGAUGCUCACAACACGGAUAUAUAUGAUUUCUGCUGUGAGAGUUUGAAAGAUUUAAGGUUGGCGCAUAUUAAAACUUGGCCAGAAAAAGGACUACGUGUUAUCCUAGGUAAGUGUAAAGCAUUGGAGAACCUCUGCCUUCAGUAUGUUCGUGCCCUAAAUGACAAUGACAUGAUUGCACUAUCUCGGAGCUGCAGGAACCUUAAAAGCAUCUCACUUUGGCUCUCACUUCAGCGCUACCAUUCUGAAGGCAGCCAUUAUGAAGCCAGGACGUCUUUUACGGAUAACAGCCUGUACGCUCUAGCUCUCAACUGUCAUAUGCUUCAGACCGUAGACCUCAAAUUUUUAGGAUGUUCUCCUAGCUGGCCACCAGAAAUAGCAUUCACACAGAGAGGUUUUCUAGUGCUCAUUCGGUCCUGCCCAAUUCGUGUUCUCGUGCUAAACACUGCCAACUUCUUGGAUGACGAGGGGAUGAAGGCCAUCUCGUCCUUACCACAUCUGGAGACACUCGAAAUUGUAUUUUCUCAUGCAGUAACAGAUGCUGGGAUGCGCUUCAUCGCACACACCCCAUGCUUGAGUAAUCUCACACUUCAGAUGUGUCAUGAGUUGACUGAUGCUGGAGUGGCUGAGCUGGGACGUGCUCAUAAGUUGGAGUCUUUGGUCAUCGAGUAUUGUGGCGUGGUCUCUCUGCAAGCUGUGCAGGGUGUUGCCAAGUCAGUUCACUACUCCAAAGACUGUUCAGCCGCUCUUAGGAAGAAAAUAGGUUUCGGUAACGGCUAUUGAUGAAAUUGUCUCCAAAAUUGUCAGUAUAAAUUUGCUGCUGAAGCCAAUAAGUUGUUGAGUGUGCACCAUCGGACAAAGCUGUGCAUCACCCGACCCAGAUCCACUCUCUGAACUUCAUAUUGCCUUCAACCUUUACUUCAAUGAUUCUCUUAUAUGACAGGUCUAAUGAUGAAUUCUUGUUGCUGUGGAUGUAGUAUAUGACUGUUUGGUUUUUAUUGUUUCUAACUAUCUAAGCAAAUGCCAUGAACCAUUUUUAUUACGGAAGUGAUUUUGAUGACAUGCAGAUCUGGCUGCUGUUUUGCAUGGAAAAUUUGGUAUGCAUCAAGUGUA